GGCGGAUGAGAGGAGCAGCUUCUUUCCAAGAUGGCGGCCACCACAGCGACGACCACAGAGAACAGCAAGAAGAAAAACCACCUCGGAAUCCCCGAAGCCAUAUUUGUGGAGGAUGUAGACUCCUUCAUGAAGCAGCCAGGCAACGAAACAGCAGAUGGGGUCUUGAGGAAAUUAGAUGAGCAGUACCAAAAAUACAAAUACAUGGAACUCAAUUUGGCACAGAAGAAACUCAGGUUGAAAACCCAGAUCCCACAGAUCAAACAGACGCUAGAAAUCCUACGACAUAUGCAGAAGAAGAAGGAGACCACGGAGCCAAUGGAGACACACUUCUUGUUGGCUGACAACGUUUACUGCAAGGCCUCUGUGCCACCUACCGACAAAGUUUGCUUGUGGCUAGGGGCUAACGUCAUGCUGGAGUAUGACAUCGACGAAGCCCACGCACUUUUAGAGAAAAACUUGUCCACGGCGUCACGCAAUCUAGAGUCACUUGAAGAAGACCUUGAUUUCCUGCGAGACCAGUUCACCACCACUGAAGUCAACUUGGCGCGGGUCUACAACUGGGAGGUGAAGAGAAGGAGCAAAGAAAGCCUCCUCAAAUCGAUUGAGAAGUCUUAAUAACAACGACAGGACAGCGUCCAAAUCCCCCACCUCCUGCAAACUCUUUUCCCCUAGUAGUUAAAAAAAUAAACAGUAAAACCUGCUCCUCCGCAUUUCAUGUGUGCGUUCACACCAGAGCCAAGCAGAUUGAAGACUUAUUUGGAAUGUAAAACAAAAAACUGGAGGUAUACUUAAUUUAACUCAUCCAGACCAUGGUUUUGUCUGAAAAGUGCGAGUGCCAUAUACAAGGCCAACUAAAUUAAGUCUACCUGCUUUUUUUCUGUCUGUUUUUUGAAUAUGUCGUUUGUAUGGAUCUGGCUCAAUCUCCCACCGAUACUGUUUUCUGUUGAUUUGUUACUCUUUAAAGUAUUUUUUCAAGUAAAACUAACAAAAACAAUGGCAACAAGGCGGUUUUUUGUAUUCUUUAUAAUUUGUUCAUUCUGUCUAGAGGUUCAUUAGCUUAUCGUUUUUUUCCCCUCUUCAUUUUUCAACCAACCCCAGUUUUUUCAGUUUUUUUUUUUAUUUUUUAUUUUUUUAUUAACCGCCAUAAAUUUGCUCUUGUUGUCUGCAGCCUCUGGCGAGGUUGAUUUUACAGAGGAACACGUCCAGUUUGCUGUUAUAUGUGGUACAGUUGUGGUCAGAGGAAGAGAAGGAUCCCAACAGGUCGUAGCCAGACAGAAGAAAUAAGAAAUUAAGCGGCCGUAACAGUGAAUCGUUCUGCCCGGUGGGCCCGAACACUUAUCAAGGUUUCAGUUUAUCCUCUGUGCAGAGGUUAGGGUAUGCCUGGUGAUGCGACAGAGAUGACCCAAAUGUUGACAGAAAAUGGAGGUGGCUUUACGCUUCAGUGUCCGACUCAUCCAGAAUUCUCAUAAGCGGCGGGCAAUGCCCUGUGUGGUUUUUGCAAUUUGAUUGGAUGGCUGCUUUAAAAUACCUAAACCGUUGCCGCGUUGGAUAGCGUCUGACCUUUGACGCAAUGACCAAAGCAUAAAUCCUCAGCGUCUGACGGCAUCUCUGUCUAAGCUACCAAGUAUAAAUUAACCACAAUGCAACGCUUCAUAGGCAGAGGAUCUACUUUCUGUAGUGAUGCAAUUCAAUUCUGCACCUACUGUCACAUCCCCUUUGGCACCUGCUGUUCAUCUCUUCACCUUCUCGUAUUCUCUGGCUUUCCUCCUCCUCUCAUGUUUGCCACUGUAUUUAUUUUUUUUUCUUUCACUGUACCCAUAAAACAAUGAAUGAACGAAGUAAAAGAAUAAUAUUUGGGGAAA